AUCGCCACGACCGGCCUCUUUCUUCUCCCUGACGAUUUCCCCAGGCGCUGCGGCAACGCAUUUUUCUAGCGCCGACAUCGCUCCAUCCAAAUCGGCAGCGAUGAUCGUCGCGGAGAGCUUUCUCCACCGAUUCGACGACGAAAUCCGCUUUGGGAGCUGCGUGGGAACGAUCGCCAUCGCCGCGAUCUUCAUUCUCUCCUGGCUUGUGAGUUUCUUCUUGUCUACAAAGUCCCGGCCGGCUAGCAAGCUCACCACCGCAUUCCCGUUCAAGAUUUUCCUCUUUUGCUGCCUUUAUCUGCUGGUUUUGAGCGCUGCCAGUGCUUGCUGGGUCGCAUUUCUUCAUCGAGCACGGAGCGUGCUGUGGCUUGCGCAGGAGUCACUGCUAGCUGCUGCCUGGCUUGUUGCAUCGUUAGCAUUGGUAGCAUCGCGCAAGAGAGGAGAGGAAAAAAUCCCAGCGGCAUUGAGGGUGUGGUGGAUUGCCUCGUUCUGUGCUGACCUUCCUGAGUUCGUGCUGUGUGUGGAUGAUCUUGUCGCGUCCAAGUUUGAGCACAAGUCCUGCAAUACAUAUUCAAGCUUGGCCUGGAUUCCUGCUAGCUUUGUUCUGCUAGUUGCAUCCGCGAGGGGAAGAACAGGGAUCAAAGUUAUGAGCGGCAGUCUUGGCGAGCCUCUUUUAGUAGACGACACGCGGCCUGAAGACAACGUUACCCCGUACACCACAGCGGGGAAUCUAAGCCUUCUAUUCAUAUCGUGGGUCAGUCCUGUACUGGCUCUCGGGGCGAAGAGGACUUUGGAGCCUGAGGAUUUGCCACAGGUAGCGCAAGAAUAUCAAGCAUCUACAGCCUACGAGUUUUUCCAGGACAAAUGGAAAACAUCAAAGCAGGACUCCGAAAAACCGUCCAGCCUGACAAGGACGCUAGUGGUAUGUUACUGGAAGGAGGCAGUGGCGGUUGGAUUCCUGGUGAUAGUGAAUUCGCUCGCGUCAUACGUGGGACCAUACUUGAUCGACGACUUCGUGAGCUACUUGAGCGGGGUUUACCGGUUUCCUCACGAAGGCUUGAUCCUGGUGACGGUGUUCCUCGUCACCAAGUUUCUGGAGAACUUCUGUCAAAGGCAUUGGUUUCUCAAGAUCCAGUUCCUGGCGAUAAAGGCCCGGGCGACGCUCACAACGUGUGUCUACAGGAAAGGCUUGCGACUUUCUAAUGUGUCGCGGCAGAAAUACACCAGCGGAGACAUUGUCAACCAUAUGGCCGUGGAUAUCCAGAGGGUUCUCGACUUCUCGUGGUAUAUGCACGAUAUCUGGAUGAUACCGCUUCAGGUGGUGCUGGCACUUCUUAUUCUAUACCAGAAAGUCGGGGUUGCUGCGAUUGCUACCUUGGUUGCGACUCUGGCGUCGGUGGCUAUAAACACGCCGUUUAGCUCCUUGCAAGACAAGUACCAGGACAAGAUCAUGGAGGCCAAGGACGCCCGAAUGCGAGCAACGACGGAGUCCUUAAAGAGCAUGAGGAUACUUAAGCUGCAAGCUUGGGAGAAGGCUUACCUGCAGAAGCUGGAAGCCUUGAGAAGUGUGGAGUAUGGCUGGCUGAAGAAAUCGUUUUUGACGCAGGCAGCUAUCACUUUCCUUUUCUGGACAAGUCCCAUGCUCAUUGGGGUGGUCACCUUUGGUACUUGUGUGGUGCUGAAGGUACCUCUGACCACUGGGAAAGUUCUUUCAGCGGUGGCCACGUUUAGAGUUUUACAGGAGCCGCUCACAAGUCUGCCAGACUUCAUUUCAACUCUGUCUCAAACAAGAAUUUCGCUGGAUCGGCUGAGUAAGUUUCUUCACGAGCCAGAGCUUCAGGUGGAUGCUGUUUCUCGGACAAAUGACAAAGAUUCCACGGUAGUUCUGGUGGAAGCAGCAGACUUCAGCUGGGAUGAAUCUCCCGAGAAACUCUCGUUGUCUGGAGUUAAUCUGGAUGUCAAGAAAGGGAUGACAGUUGCUGUUUGCGGAAAGGUUGGUUCCGGGAAAUCAAGCUUGCUCUCGUGCCUGCUGGGAGAAAUCCCAAGGCUAUCUGGCAAGGUGCAAGUAACUGGAAGAACAUCGUACGUGGGUCAAACUGCCUGGAUACAAAGUGGAAAGAUCGAGGACAAUGUCCUUUUUGGCUCGCCGAUGGACAGAAGUAAAUACGAUCGCGUGUUGGACAUGUGUCAACUCAAAAGAGAUCUGGAAAUUCUUCCAUUUGGAGAUCAGACAGAAAUAGGCGAGAGGGGCAUCAACUUGAGCGGCGGCCAGAAGCAAAGGAUACAACUUGCUCGUGCACUGUAUCAGGAUGCUGAUAUCUAUCUACUUGACGAUCCUUUCAGUGCCGUGGACGUGGAAACUGGUACUCAAAUAUUCAAGGAAUGUGUUCUUAACGCACUGGCAUCAAAGACUGUCAUUUUAGUGACACACCAAGUAGAGUUUUUACCUGUGGCUGACCUUAUUUUGGUUCUAAACGAUGGUCGUAUAACGCAGUCAGGAACAUACACUCAGCUUUUACAAGCGAAAACUGACUUCAGUGUGCUUGUUGGAGCACACAACAAGGCUAUGGAAGUCAUGAAUCAGACUGACAAGAUCUUAGAUAGCGUAGACAAGACCGUGGAAGGUAUCCUGGAUAAUGAAGAAAAGAAAGAAGUGCAGAAGUCAGACGAGCAGGAAGCGCAGGCAAAGGCCGUAAAGGCAGAACAAUUGGUACAGGAAGAAGAACGCGAGAAAGGCAGUGUUGGUCUGCAAGUUUACUGGAACUACUGCACGGCGGUGUACAAGGGCGGCUUGAUUCCAUGCAUAUUAACGACACAGCUGCUGUUUCAACUCUUUCAAAUCGCGUCAAACUGGUGGAUGGCUCGCGAAACUCCAGCGACGGCUGUAGCUCCAGAGUUUGAUCCUGUUCGGUUGAUCAUCGGGUAUGGAGGAUUUUCUUUUGGAGCAUCGCUGUUCGUGCUUCUCAGGGUGCUGCUUCUCAAUGUCAUCGGCCUCGCGACGGCUCAGAAGUUCUUCUUUGACAUGCUACAUUGCAUUUUUCAUUCGCCAAUGUCGUUUUUUGAUUCUACUCCAACUGGUAGAAUUCUCAGUCGGGCCUCUACAGACCAAAGUGCUCUCGACUUAAAUGUGCCUUACAGGCUUGGGGGCGUAGCGUUCUCAGGCAUACAGCUCUUAUGCAUCGCUGGAGUUAUGUCUCAAGCAGUUUGGCAAGUCUUAAUCGCUUUUGCUCCUGUGUUUGUUAUCUGUGUCUUACUCCAGAGAUAUUACAUCUCGUCCGGCAGGGAGCUUUCCAGGCUUCAAGGCAUCCAAAAGGCUCCGAUCAUUCACCACUUUGCGGAAUCUAUUGCAGGAGCUCCGACAGUAAGAGGCUUUGGCCAGGAAGAGCGUUUCAUGCACAGGAAUAUGUUUCUAAUCGACACGUCUGCUCGAGCCUAUUUCUACUCGGCUGCAGCGAUGGAGUGGGCCUCUCUGAGGCUAGAACUCCUCACCAACAUUGUCUUUGCAUUCUGUUUGCUUCUACUCAUCUAUCUCCCUCCUGGGACCAUCCCACCAAGUUUGGCAGGUUUGGCUGUGACAUAUGGGUUGAAUCUGAAUGCGAUCCAGUCGUGGUUUGUUUGGAACUUAUGCAACGUGGAGCGGACGAUAGUUUCUGUUGAACGGAUACAGCAGUACUCUCGCAUUCCCAGCGAGGCACCAUGGGAGAUUGAAGAGUCCAAACCUCCGGAAAGCUGGCCUGCCACAGGAAACGUAGAGCUGGUGGACCUCAAGGUCCGCUAUAACUCCAACUCACCGCUGGUGUUGCACGGCAUAAGCUGUGUAUUUCCUGGAGGCAAGAAGGUUGGAGUCGUCGGGCGGACUGGCAGUGGAAAAUCCACGCUCAUCCAGGCCAUAUUCCGCCUUGUGGAGCCAGCUGGUGGAAAGAUCGUUAUCGACGGCGUGGACGUAACGAAGAUCGGGUUGCAUGACCUCCGAUCCAAGCUCAGCAUCAUUCCACAGGAUCCAACGCUGUUCGAAGGCACCAUCCGCUAUAAUCUCGACCCCCUGGGACAGUUUUCGGAUCCAGAAAUCUGGGAGGCCUUGGAUAACUGCCAACUCGGAGACCUCGUGCGCUGCAAGGAAGAAAAGCUGGACUCACUGGUGUCUGAGAAUGGUGAGAACUGGAGCGUGGGACAGAGACAAUUGUUUUGUCUUGGACGGGUGAUGCUAAAACAAGCCCGUGUUUUGGUACUCGACGAGGCCACCGCAUCCGUGGACAGUGCUACUGAUGGAGUGAUCCAAUCCACCAUUGCCACGAAGUUCCAGGGAUGCACUGUUAUCACCAUUGCCCACAGGCUGCCUACUGUAGUGGGCAGCGACUACGUUCUAGUCCUGAACGAUGGACGCAUCGCUGAAUACGACGAGCCGGGUAAGCUUUUGGAGAAAAGCAGCUCGCAUUUCUUCAAGCUUGUGGCCGAGUAUUCCAAGAGAUCUUUUGGAUCGUCAACUUAAAUCUAUAAGAAGUUCUAAACUUAAAGCUCAUCUAGAAACGUGCAUCAUAAUGAGUGUGGAGCAGCGCAUAUGAGGUCUGAAAGAGUCCAAACAGUGGCAGCAAUGCAAUGAGAAGAGAUCCAACUUUUAAUGGCUGCGUACAAGGGAGGCUCAAGUGGGGCAUUGAGGUCUUACCUUGGCUGCAUUACACCCCUAAGGAGACAAGUGCUUUUGGCUUUCACCCUAUGUGUUCAAGCCUGAGCUCAAGUUUGAAAUGGAUUGAGUCUAAGUUUGA